AUGGCAGCAGCUCGUCCAGCGAAGGCAUCGGUGGCGGCGGUAGAGGCGGCCAGCGACCUGGGCUACCUAACGCGGCCUCUCCACUGGGCGGCCAUCAUGCGACACCCGCGCAGCGCGGCCGGCUCUGUUCUACUCUUCCGGCUGCGUACCCUCUUCUUUGCGACCGUCUGCUUCACAUUCUUAUGCUCUCAGCUCACCGUGAUGUGCCGUGAGGGCACCACGGACCUGGAUGUCUUCACGCUGACGCUCAGUGUGGCUGAUACCACCGCCAUCUGGCUCGUCCGCCUGCUACACAUCGCUAUGUGUGAGCGCGACUUCCACAGGCUCGCUCUUCAGGUGGGCCAGGACUUCGCAGAAUUCCUGAGUCCAGACGACGUGCCGGUGCUGCUCACUCAGGGCCGCAAUGUCCGCCGCUUCACGCUGACCUACAUCUCGCUCGGCGUGCUCGUAACCACUUACUGGCUGUUCACUCCCGUCAGCCCGGAGGGCCUGCCCUUCUUCCUGGCACUGCCCUACGACGCGUCGACGCCCUUGGGCUUUGCCGUCUCUUGGGUCUACUGCACGGUGGGAACGGUGCACGUCGUGGUGAUGACCAUGGUAUUAGACUCCUUCAACGUCAGCCUCAUCAAUCAGCUACGGAUGCAACUAGCAUUGCUCAACAACAAAAUUGUCAGUAUCCCCAGAGAGAACUCCUCUAUACCCUUGGACUCAUUACAGACUACUGGCUACUGGGACCUUCACUAUCGACUGGAGAAGUGCGUCCUACAUCAUCAAGCCAUUAUUAGGAACUCAGACUUGCUGGAGAGGUCCCUAAAAGGCAUGUUACUGGCACAGAGCCUCUCCAUCGGCGCCGCUGCCUGCUUCCAGAUGUUCGAGGUCGCCAUGAGUGCGGACGGACUGCAGCAGAUUGGAAAAUUCGGCUUGUACUUGACUGGCAUGCUUGCGGAACUUUUCAUUUACUGCUGGUUCGGGGAUGACCUUAUUACAGAAAGCGAGAACCUGGCCGUGGCGGCGUACGACGCAGUGACGUCACUGCAGGGAUGCCCCCUCUCCAUCAAGAAGUCGCUGCUUCUGCUGAUGCACCGCGCGCAGAGACCUCUACGAAUCACCGCUGGAGGGUUCUUCCCCUUCUCCAGGGAGUCAUUCGUGGCGGUUGUCAAUGUGUCUUAUUCAUUCUUCGCCAUUCUUCGAAAUUUCAAGGAUGACCAAGAGUAGCGAAAAUUUGUCUUAAUGCUUUGUUGUGUUACAAAACUAUGACAUGAAUAACACCAAUUAAUAUUAUGUAGUGAAGACUUGUAUCCUUUCUUUUGAAAUAAUAAGUAAUGUCCGAAUCACCGUGUCAAGUGAAUAGCUCAGUGACACUCUGAAAUUAAUGCCACAAAGGAGAUGGGAACCUAUUCCAGCCACAGCUGAUAAAACA